GGAAAACAAAGCCGUGAACUAAACAGCGGGUGCAACCCCAGCGUUUGGGUUGAUUGAUUGGAAGAUUCAUCGAUGAGUGAGAAGGCGAAGCGGAGGGGUUCCGAGGCUGAGCCGGCUCAGAAGAGGAUGCGGCCGGCGCUGACAGACGACGACCGCAAAGUGCUUCAAAAGGCCAUCCAGGUAAGACGAGAGGCCACGUACAUCCAACGUAGCAGUGCUGUGUAUUAAUUAAGAGAGAUGGAUGCAAUGCAGGAGCGGUUCUCUUUACGUGCACCUGAAGAGAUGUUCGCCGUCAUGGAGUGCUGUGCAUCUAUUGACCCUUGUCAACCCAUGACGGCGCUCAGAGAAUUCCAUGUGGAGCUCACAGGCAAGUCAUCACGUGCAUCUGACGAAUCAAACAUCUGCGGGCUCUUCUUGGUUCAGGUCCGUUUCGCCUGGUCAAUGACUACAUGUCGGCUCACGAGCUGCCACCUCAUACAGAUGACCUGGACGAACGGUUCUUCUACGGUGGGCUCUGCGGCCAUGAGAGAGAGAGCAACAGGAGGGGACGGCCUUUUGUGCCGUGCAGACAUGCCGGAGGUGUGCGUGGUAAUGAAACGGACGGACCAAGGCGAGCAGCCAAUGCACUGGGCAUACUUCCGUGAUGAGCCCGAUGAGGUGUGCAGCAGCCACGAAACAAGAGCACCACCCCAGAGCAUUCAUGGCUGUGUUCUGUAUGUAUCUGUGGGUCGGCCAGGAGCCUAUCAGCGUUGUCGCAAACAAGCCAUCCGAAGGAAGCACAUUCCACGUUAGCCCCAACACGUAUGUCACCUGUACACAGCGUCGCACCCGUUGUCCGGAUGGUCUGGUCUGCAGGUGGCCAGCGAGAGUCUCAUUGGGAGCAUCGUCGCUCACUGCUCACGAGCUGAGAAACAAGCUGCCCACAAGAAAGACACGAAAGAGUAGCAAGGCAACGAGCAAAAAGGCCAAUCUUGAGUGGUCAGGUUGCAUGCAUGUUGCUGCCCUGCAGGUCGAUUGCUGAGCGUUUCAGGGAUGCCGCAGCUGUCAAGGGCAUAUCGAUUGCUGAGGGGCAAGGACCCAAGUGGCGCGAGCGCCAGAAAAGAGCUGUCGCAAAGGACCUCUUCGGUCAGUCAGUCACCUUUGACAGAAAAACACAGCUAAACACGUCAGUCACACCCAGACGGUGGAUGCUGGAGGUUUGUUUGUGGUCCCUCCCUCCCAUCCGUGCCGUGCAGGGUUUGGUGUGGUGGUGCCGUAUGACAAGAGGACGGAGGUCGGCUAUCGCAAUGUGGGGUACACAGCCAAGCAAAUGCGAGAGCUGCUCGACAACUACCGCCAUGCCAAGAGGGACGCCUCAAGGGCUGAGAUAGAAACAAUGAUAACCAAUGUGGGGCGUUAGUUACAUACCCAGCGGAGAGAGCCCGAGGGAGGGAGGGAGGGAGGGAGGGAGGAGGGAGGCAAGACAACAAGAGCGCUUACAGAGAGACUGGCAUGCAACACUGUGUGUGCAGGCACAGCUGGCUCUGGAUGAGGGCGACAACGGCACCCCCGUGGAGAUCGGCCGGGCCUUCCUCGCGGUCGACAAACUCACAGACAAGCCUGGCGUCACCCCAACGUUCAAGGCACCAGGACAGGUACCUGAAGAACCGACGACUCGCAAUCAAUGAAACGUGUCGUGCCAUUCAUGUGUGUGCGUGUCGCGCAGGCGUUGCUCUCUGCCGUCUAUCCCGUCCUGAACCGAUCUGCAUUUGUGUCUGCUCUCAACAGACUAUUGGAAGCGAGGCAACAGCACUGUUCCAAGUGAUGCAGCAGUGCAGAUGUAUGUAUGUGUGGUGUAGACUCAAUCAAUUGUCCAUGACACUGCUCCGGCCAAUGAAUGUCUCGUAAGUAUUUGUCUG